AUGCGGCUAGCUUUCAUCGCCGGCCUCGCGUUGGCCUGCUGCCUCAAUGUUGUUCGGGCCAAUACCGAAAAGGUCAUAUUUCUUGGCCCCGAGACGGUCAAUGUUCCGGCUACGCCACCGACACUCGAUGAUCUUCGUUUAGAAGUCCUCACGCCCGAUGAGUGGUCCAAACGGGUGCAAUUGCCAGCGUCCUUUCCAACUUCGGACUCUCCUUUGGGGACGACGUCCUGGCUGCUGCUCACAAACUUGACCCAAGGUCAGCGUUAUGAACUCCGAGUUUGUUGGUCGGCCACGCAACCCACUGCGUUCGCGCUCGAUGUCUUUGAGUUGCCCGCCGUAUGGGAUACUCCGAAACUCAUCUCGUCAUUGGCAACUUACGCAUUCUCGCGUCAAUCUGAUCAAGACGAUGCCGGCACACACAAGGCCUCGCAAAACAGAAACCGAGAGCAGGAGAAUUCACUACUGUUUCUUCGGGUUUCAGCCUCGGCAGACUAUUUCACAGACAACGACACACUCAUGGCCCAGGUCGAGCCCGUCAGCGUUGACCUAAUCCUCGAUCCGUUCUUGUUCAAUGUUUUGUCACGAUCCUUGGUGCCUACCGUCGCUUACGUCGUCCUCGUGGCGGUUUCGGCUUGGUUCCUAUCUAAACGCAUUCUUGCUUGGAUUCAACCGGUGCUCGCCGCUGAAGGCCAGUCCACGGAAAAGAAGAAGAGGCUCUGA